GGCAGCGGGGGCGCGCGCGGCAGCAGCUUCACUUCGGGCAGUGGGGGAAGGAGCGGCGGCGGCGGUGGGAGAAGCAGCAGCAGCAGCUGCUCGGGAAAGGCAGGGAACUGGGAAAAAAAGAAGAGGGCGAGCGGCGCGGGGGAGCGGGCUGAUGACUCAGUGAGCGGCUGCAGCCUCUGCCUAGCCCCGCGCGCGGCCGGAGUCGGGGCGACCGCGUUGGAUUGUCCCGCAGCCUGUGCCCGGCACCAGCGAGAGGAGAGCGACCACCGCUCGCCUGCAGCAUCUGCCAUGUCUACAGAGGGGCAGAGGGUUGAUGAUAGUCCAAGCACUAGUGGAGGCAGCUCUGAUGGAGAUCAGCGUGAAGGUGUUCAGCAGGAACAGGAAAGGGAGCAAGUUCAACCCAAGAAAAAAGAGGGCAAAAUAUCAAGCAAAACAGCUGCUAAACUGUCAACUAGUGCUAAAAGAAUUCAGAAAGAACUUGCAGAAAUUACAUUAGACCCUCCUCCAAACUGUAGUGCUGGACCCAAAGGAGACAACAUAUAUGAAUGGAGGUCAACUAUACUGGGGCCUCCAGGGUCUGUAUAUGAAGGUGGAGUUUUCUUCCUUGACAUUACCUUUUCACCGGACUACCCUUUUAAACCACCUAAGGUAACAUUUCGGACAAGAAUCUACCACUGUAACAUUAACAGCCAAGGCGUCAUCUGCCUGGACAUUUUAAAAGACAACUGGAGCCCAGCAUUAACCAUCUCUAAAGUUCUCCUCUCCAUCUGCUCCCUCCUCACAGACUGCAACCCAGCCAGCAGUGUACACUUUGAGAGGGAGCUUGGUGUCCUUCUGCAAUGCCACUGCCGCAUCCCUCAGCAGCUGACCCCCUGGUUGGAAGUAUUGCCACUCAGUAUAUGACUAACAGAGCAGAGCACGACAGAAUGGCCAGACAGUGGACCAAGCGAUAUGCCACAUAGGAACCUACUCUAGGAUUUGCUGGACCUGUGCAAGCACAUUCACUAAGUGCAUCAAUAGCCCUUCCCUUCAUUCUUAUUUUUUAUUAAAUUUUAAAACAUUUUGUGACAAAAGGUUGUCCUUACUUUCUUUUUGGUUUUAUUUUUAUUUUUAUUCGGUUUGGGUUUGUUUUUUUUUUUUUGUUCUGUUAACUUGAAAGUUGUUUCCCUCAAAUGUAGACAGGGAAUUUUGGUUAUCAGUGCAAAGAAUGUUGGAUCUGUAAUAGUAUAGAGCUUUGUCACAAAGCUUUGUAUUAAUGUGUGGGGGUUUUUUUCUUUCAUGUGGUUUUGGGGAAAACAAACAAAUUCAGAAUUAUAUCUCGUUUCUACUUAAAUGUAGUGUUUAGGGUUAUUUUUUUGUACUGAAGUCUUUAAUGGUGGGUGCAUGCUACUGGGAACAAGUUUUGUAUAAAAGCUUAAAAUCAAGAAUCACUGUGCAUUACUAAGACUGUGUUUAUCACUAGCCUUCUGUUUACCACACAAAAGGCUACUGCGUUGAACAAAUUAAUAUGUAUUUUGAUUUACUUAAAAAAAAAAGUGCUUGUAAAUUUCUUAGGGACCUGCCACUUUUGACUGUGGAUCAGUUGAUGUACACUUGUAUUAUUAAAGCACUCAAUAAAACACUGUGGCUGAUAAAUGCAAUUAUUGCAAGAUGGUGCUUUUGCAUUUGUGCAGUAUAGGCUGCAUAGCCCUCGUGUAAUACAACUGCAAGUUAAGCAACUAUUUUUAGACAAAAAGUAUUCAUUUCUUCUCAAUAAUGCAUUUCUUAACUUAGAAUUCUUCAUUGUGUCUAUCUUUCAUAUACAAACAUCUUCCAAAUUUUAAGGCCUUUCUUUUGCAUGCCAGUGCUCAGCUCAGCUAUUCUGAAGCCUCUUGCUGCAUCUUUUGUACUAUGGCUUCACUAUAUCCAUCUUGUUACAUUUAAAAUAGUUGGCUAUAAAAAUAGCCUUGCAGUGAAAGCAGAAUAUUGAUGAUGAUUUUAUACAGCAGGCCUCAUUUUGCCUUUCUCCAGGCUCUUUAAUUGUAAAACCAACUGUUAGUUAAAAAAAUAAAUGGAGGUUUUCAAUGUGAAAAUUGAGCCCAUUGCACCAGUCAUUCCCAGCACGUUCAAUGGCAAGGGUAUUUCUAUUCAGAUUUGACCUUCAGGCUAAUUUUAGAGUAUGCAGCCACAGGAGGAAAACUUUGACUUGGCUAAGGAACUGUGUGGGUGUUGCGAUUUAGAAAAUAUAUACUGUGAUGCUGAUAUCUAAAUGUUCUUUGUGUUGCAAGGCAUAUUGGAAAAUCCCUGUCUCAUGUAAUUAAAUGUUAUGGAUGUUAUAUACAGUGCUUGUCUGCCCUCUCCCCUCUCUCCUUUCCUUUUACCUUUAGAGAAGGUCUUAUCUUAAACAAGAUACAUUACACAGGGAUGGUAUAAAGAUACAGGGAGGCCCAAUCCCAUUACACUCCAACCGAACCAAGCGUCAUGAAAACUAAAGCAGGCAAGGUGACACCAUAGGGCCUCCAUGCCAACCACUGCACUGCUCAGCAUUUCUAGGAGGCUUUGUUCUUCUCUCGAUCACUUGCUAAUAACUGAACAGACAUACAGCUUGAAUCUACUGGUUAGUUGUACUCUGUAAUAGAAGAAGCUGGACGUUGACUUUGUUGUAGGUAGGAUAUGACUAACAUUGACCUUACGGUAGGUGGGAUGUAACUAACAUUGACUUUGUUGUAGGUAGGGUAUAACUACUGCCCCAAGAACCACAGGGAUCACAAAGAAAUAAUCGAUCUCCUUUGAUCAAAGCAAACGGAAGGUCUUUUGGUGUCUGCAGAAGCCAACAUUUUACAAGCCUGGACAUGCAACAUUUUGAGGCCAACAGAUCCUAAAUACAGAUGUGAAAGAAUAAUAAUACUUUAAAAAUAAAACAAAAUCCAAACCCCAGACUUCUGUGAUCUACAACACCUUCUCAGAACAACUGUUACAUGUUCUUCCCUUGGAAGUUGCUUCCAACAUACAACUUGCCAUGAAGUACCUCCGUGUCUGAAGGGAACCUUCCUGCUGUAAAAAUACAACAAAGGGAUAAAAAGGACUAAAAAGAACAACUGCAUCUUGCCCAGCUGAGUAACUUCAUUACUUCUCCUCUUAUCCCAUCUGCUGAAGAUUCCUACCAUAAAAGACUUGUAUCCCCCGAGACAGCAAUUAGUGGACAAUUUCAGAUUUCUUAUGAAUUACUUUAAGUGUCUGUGACUCUGCAGCCUUUAUUUAUGCUCAGCUGAGCAGAAUGCAGAAAUUUCCCAGGUACUUUUUAAACCUGCUUGAGAAAGAAGUCUUUAAUUCUUAUCAUCAUUUUUUUUUCCAAAAUAUAUAAACAGAAGAGCGUAUUGUAUCUCUAAUUAAGAUGUAAGUGCAAGACAGCAGAGAUACCUUGGAAGGAGAGUCAUAGAAGUCUUAAUAAAUGUCUAUUCUUAAUUUAUCAGCUCUUGCUUGCCCUCCUUACUGAUCAAAAGCUGUGCAGUUUGAAUUUGCAGGUGAGUUGCCCUCUGUGUGAAGCUGAACAGUGGCUUUGUCCUAGAUAAUAUAAAACUACUGCCUUAAGAGGCACAGGGAUCUCAAAGAAAUAAUCAGAAGGGAUCAACCCACACUGAUUGAAACAGAUGCAAAGUCUUCUGGUGUCUGCAGAAGCCAAUUGUUUGCAAGUCUGGCCAUAAAACAUUCUCCUCUAUUUGCAAAUCUGCUUUGUUUGCCUCCCAAGUAAUUCUUUAUUCUUCAUCUGCUAAACCUGGGAAAUAUGAAGCGUUAUUAGAAACCUGCUGUUGUCACAGAGGAGAAAUGAUCCAUGCCCAACAGAAUUCAAUCUGCCAGCAGAGCCCCACUGAACAAUAAUGUUUUGGCAUGCUCUCUUUUUCUUCUUUUUCCUACAUCUAGAAAAUGUUGUACAGUAUUCUGUCCCACCUUUGCUCUUCAGAUCCUCUGCAAAUUUAGUUGAGUCUCCCUUCCUCUUUAAUGCGAAAUCAGCUUUCUAACUUCUCGGUGGUGAAGUCCACAUGCUGCCCUCCUGCAACUGAGUAUGAAGAUCGUUCAGAUGAUUCAAACAUAGUAAAAUAUAUUAAAUUGCAUACAGUUGUCCUAAAACAGCAUACAAAGAGCAUCACUUCAACAAAUCACAGUGUUUCUCAUGGACACAGAAAUGCUAAAACUGGAUUACAUUCUUUAAAGACAUCUCGGAACUUUUCUGAAUUCAACUUCCAUAUCAAUUAAAUAACAUUUCAUUUCCUGUAACCCCUGCUAAAUUUCAGUGCCCCGUACCCUUUGACUUCAUCUCAGAUGAAGCAGAAGUCAGGGAACUCUCCAAACUGUAUUUAGUCAUUCAGUAAUUACUGAAGUAGACUUUACACUCCUUGUCCAACUCACCAGCUCUCCAGAAAGUUACAGAACAACAUAGCAUAUAUCAAGGAACUCUCCAAGCUGUAUUUAGUCAUUCAGUAAUUACUGAAGUAGACUUUACACUCCUUGUCCAACUCACCAGCUCUCCAGAAAAUUACAGAACAACAUAGCUUAUAUCAAGGUACCCAAAACUCUAACAUUUCCAGAGACAGCAUUUCCAGGCUGCUCCAGGAGUGAGUUUUAGCAGCUCAUAAUCCUUUUGAUUACAUGUGUUGUGGGUGAUUGCAGACAAACAGUUAAAAUCCAUUAAAACCAGAUGCUGUGCCAUGAAUAAGGCAGGAAUAAUUCCUCUUCUAAGAUCUUUCUUAAGGUUUUCAUAUUGUGAGCUGCAGAUGGAUACACAGUUCUACCCAUGCCCAAAUAACAGGCAACUCCUCACAGCCCUUCUUCGUGCUACCCUGCGCAAUGAUACUGUGUAAGUAUAAAAGACCAGAGACCCUGAGCACCAUAAACCCCCAAAUUGGGCCCCUCUUCAAGGGCCUCUCAACCUUUUAAGUUCUGGCCUAAUGCACGCUCUGAGUGCAGUGCGUGCCCUGAGCUUCUCCUUUAGCAUGCUGUUACAGCACGCUCCCUCUGCUCUGGCUGUCUUAUCUCAGGCAUUAAUCCCUCUGACUUAAUUCCUCCUUCUCAUUCACCCUUUCCUUCCUUCUGGCUGCUUUCUUCUGCCUGACUGAUUCAUUACUUGAAGCUGAGAGGCCACCCAAGAUACUGCUCCCAGUUCAUUUAGCUCCUCCUGAAGUUGCCUGAGCACAGUAAUUCUUUUGUCCCCUGAAGACCAUGCCCAGCAUGUGCCCUCAGGCUCCUCUUCUCCCCUUUGCCUGAGGCAGUGCCUACUGCAGCAGGAAAAAGCAAAGGCUGCUCUGCUGGGGUACAAAGGUGCCAUGAGAUGAUUCAAACAGUGCAGCAGCUCCCAGUGACUCCAUCUCCAGUGUUAUCCUGGGGUCCCUUUUCUCCCUUCCAGUUCUCAGAAACUUCUCUUGUCUGAAGAAAAAAAUGCUCUUGCCCGCAUUUUGAGUUGGGUAGACUAAAACAAGGAGUAAAAAUUCUGGUACCUCUAAAGUCCAACUCUCCUGCCUUGGCAGCCACAAUUCCUGCAGAGCCAGCUCUGCCUGCUGGUUUUCCAUCCUCAGUUGCUUUUUCUUUUCUUCUUUCCAUUCCCUUUUAUUUCUCCUCCUAUCUUUCCCUCCAUGACAUCAAUGCUAUGACAUCAAUCUUGUAGCUUCCUUCUUCCCUUUUCCCUCACCUCAACAAGGAUGCUAUCGAGACCAUGUCAUGUAACACUGAGCCUCCCGGAGCUACUUGAAAUCCCUUGAUUUUUAGGUCUUAGAAGCAAGAAAGAGCUUUGUAUGAAUUAAGUACUUACUCAUUGUGCCACACCUGGCACUGGCUGUAAACUAAAUCACUUCUCCCACACAUGUCAUUAGCAAUAAUGAAAUCCGGGCUGCCCUGCCUCCUUAGCAUGACAUCCAUAUGCAAAUGCAUUUCCUCAGCUCAAACGAUCUGCAGAGCCAACGCAUGGCUGCUUGGGAAGCUUCCAGCAGCCUCGCUCAGGUCACAACUGGAAUAUAUUUGGGGACUACUAUUUACCGGGAAGAGUUUUAUGAUACUUUUAAAUCCAUCAUUCUGCACCCUAAAUCCAUCUUGAACUUUAAUAAGGACCCACAGGACUUUGGAACAAUGAAAAGGGCAAAGUAAAACAUGCCUUUCCUGUCUGCUUCGAUUAUGAAAGAAAGUAGUCAUGGGCUAAUGGAAGGUUGAAAUAAAGACAAGGAUACCAAGCCAUCCACAUCCUUUGCAAGUCCUAAAUUAAAAUAAUCCCAGUGUAAUGGCUAAGUAAAAGCUGAAUUUAUUUCUAUAAUUUUUCUAUAAUUUUUGCAGAACUGAAUCAAACAAACAAACAACACUGUUCAGGUGUCCCAAUAGUAUCUGUGAAUAGUCAGAUCAUGUAUUUCUAGGGAAACACUUUCACUGGGAAGAGCUUCCCAGCACCCUCAUGUACUCCACUCCUGACGGGCUUCACGCAGGGCUCCCCCCUUGGCAGUCCCUUGGGAAACAAGGGCUGGCAACAAGCACCUCGGGUCAUUCAUUAUUGUCACUGCUUCUCAAAUACACUCAUUCACAACAGGCAUUUGUUGCUGCAGAAUCAGUACUGGGAUCCCCUUUUGUGUCGCUGAGGACCUUGGGGUUAGGAAAAACAAAGGGUCACACUUCAGUUUCUGUGAAAUGCCUCCUUCCUUUGCAGUUGACUCAUACCCUUUGUAAGCCCUGAAUGGAGUCUCUUCACCGGAAUGGAGCUCCUACCCCACAGAUUUCAAUACAGCCCUGCUCCGUUCUCCGCCUGUCAUAAACCGUGGAAAGACAGUGCCUUGGAAACACCUUGGUUGUAGCAGAGCUUAACUGUGCUCUUGCCCAUCUUCAGACUCUUCCGAUUUACAUUUCUUGGACACAUCUCCAUGAUAAGAGCCUUUCUCUAUCAAUUCCUCAACACCAAGGAUCUUGAAAAAUCCUGUUCCUUUCUUCCUUUGGGCCACUUGCCACCUUCAUCCCUGCUCCUUCUCUGCUGCUCUGCAUUUCCUAAAUCUGCUUCAUCACUCAGGCUUCAGGGACCCAAACCCCUUCCUAAAUCCAGCAACAAACCAAACACCAAAUUCACCUCUGCUCCAGGCUCCUUGCAGUCCAUCGCUGUCUUAUCACACUGAGCCGAGCAAGGGAAAGCCCACCCCACCACCUGAUAUUGCUGCCAUCUUUUCCAAACAAGGAAUGGAAACCUGUUUUAUUCUCUUUUAUGUGAAAGAGCAGUUACGUCUCUUGGUACUUAACACUCACACUAAGGCACAAAUACUCUCUGCAGAUCUCCUGGUCUCAAAAUUCACAAUAACACUCUCUAUUGAUCUUCUAGGAAUAUUGUAAGUAGCAGCAAAAUAGUUUGUAAUAAAUGCCCUGAAUGUUAUGCAACUCACAAAUAGAAUGAAGCUUUCCAAGAAAAUCUGUGUGCAGUGGGAACUUCAUCAUCUUUUACACAGGAAAAUAACUGUGUAUUAAAAAGUCUUUCCUGUUUCCUGUUCUUCUUCAUUAUGUGUUAUCUACCCACUAAUCUGUUGCUGCAGUUUUAAAAGAACAUCUUCCUGAAAUCUACUUAGAAUUUAAAACCUUAUUGCAAAGCAUCAAAGAGUAAUAAAAACGUGCUCUGUCAUAUCAAGGUAAUCUAAUCAGAAAGGCUCACAGAAGUAUUUAUGUACAUACAUCUUUAUGAUAAUUUAAUAAUUGAUAGGCUUACAGAAAUAAUCUUAUUCUCUUCUAUUUCAUAAUAUACAUCACGAAAUACAAUGU